AUGGCUUUGAUUGCUAUGUGGCCUUUUCUCAUCCACCGCACUAUUCGUCCAUCCUCACACACUGGUGGUCUCCAGGUAGACUCCAGCCACCUCUCUGUCACAGCUCCCAACUAUAAAUCUAUUCAGUUCACAUCCUUUCUUCUGACUGGUGUCCCAGGAUUAGAAGAUUUCCAAAUUUGGAUCUCCAUCCCUUUCAGCUUCAUGUACCUGUUGGCUGUGACAGGCAAUGGUUUUGUUAUGGCUGUGGUGGCCUGUGACAAGAGCCUCCACGAACCCAUGUAUCUCUUUCUGACCAUGCUGGCACUCAACGAUGUCCUCCUUUGUACAGUCACAGUGCCCAAAAUGCUUCUUAUCUUCUGGCAGGGUCCUUCUCUGUCCGUAUUCCCAGCCUGCCUCACACAGAUGUUUUUUGUUCACGCUCUGUUCCUCUCUGAAUCUGCUAUUCUACUGGCCAUGGCUUUUGAUCGCUAUGUGGCCAUAUCUGCACCACUGCACUACGCAACUCUGCUGACAGGUUCAUUCAUUGGCAAGGUAGGGUUAGCACUGGUGGCUCGGAGCGUGGCUGUUGUCACUCCUGGUGUCCUCCUCAUUCUUCGUCUACACUUCUGUAAGAGUAACAUCAUCCAUCACACCUACUGUGAGAACAUGGGCAUUGCCAAACUGGCCUGCAAUAGCAUCACUCUGAACAGUGUUUAUGGGCUCACUGCUGCCCUGCUCACUACAGGGCUGGACUUUGUCUUUAUCACAGUUUCCUACUGGCUAAUCUUAAGAACAGUCUUCCAACUAUCUUCUAGUGAGGCUUGGACAAAAGCCUUUGGAACCUGUGGAGCUCAUUUAUGUGUCAUCUUGAUAUUCUACACUCUGGCUUUCUUCUCCUUCUUUACCCAUCGCUUUGGGCGUCAGAUUCCCAGGUACAUUCUUAUUCUCCUGGCAAACCUCUAUUUACUGGUACCACCUACAAUGAACCCCAUUGUUUAUGGUAUAAAAACUAAAGAAAUAAGGAUUCGAGUACUGGGGCUCUUUAGCCAACCAAAACAACCCUGGAACAAUGAAUUAACAAGGACAAAGGAAUCUGAGAUGGAUGAUCAGAUUAAAAUAUGA